GCGGAAAAUCUUACAGCGCUUCAUGCUUCCCUCUGCUGACAACUUUUAUGGAGAUGAGGAUUUCAUUUUCCAGCAGGACUUGGCACACUGCCCACACUGUUAAAAGUACCAGCUUUGAGAAAAUAAGAUUCUGCACCAAAAACAAAAACUUUACUCUUACUGUUUGUUGCCUUACGUAGUCGAUAACAUUAGGUCAUAAAAGUUAAUAAAGCUUUGUUAUGCAGAGUAUUAUCAGUGUAUGGUAUAUUUACCAAAAUACACCAAAUAUCCUGCUUGUGUAUAUUUUACAUUUUAUUUUCUUUUUCUUACAGUAUAUAAGGUUUAGUGGACUUGUUUUAGCAGGGAACUCAUUAAAUAUUACUGUAAAUAAUAUUAGACAGGUGGUUAUAAUGUUAUGGCUGAUUUCUGUAUGCAGUAUAAUAAGAGAACCACAGUAUUUUAUUAACAAAUCUAAGGAUAAUUUGCAUAGCAAAUUAGGUUCUAUUAUACCCAAAGCUUUAGACCAUUCAUUGCCUGGGUCCUGUAAUAUUAGUUAUAUAAACAGUUAUAUGCUGUAAAAUCAGCGUAUUAGUCUCAAACUGCUUGUGAUUAUUUUAUAGAUUUGAUAUGUUAUUAGUUAGUAGUGCACUCUUGCCUGUCUGUUACCAGAGGUAACCAAAAGUCCCUGCAGAGUGAAAGCAAAAGCAGCUCUCAGGCAUUCGGCAAACCAAACACUGCCACCAGUGCAGAGCACAGGCGCUACACACACACACACACACACACACACACGCACACAGACGCUGAUUAUUCUCUCUCUCUUAAAGUGGAAUAUCCUAUUAUGGAAUAAAUGAUCUGACAGCAGGAUGAAGCAGCUCUCUGAUACAGAAAGCGAGCCCCUCACCCCAGAUCCACAACUCCUGGAUCUUGUACCAGUCUCCUGGUUUGAGGAACUGUUAUUCAGACCUGAUUUGCCGGAGUUCGAGACUCCAGAUGCUUACUUUGAGUCCCUGAAGGAGGAAUGUGAUGCACUGGAUGCGGAAGCUGAGUGUCAGGUCCCGCUGAAAGAGGAGAAUGAAGAUGGGAAAAGGACCAAGAGGAAACUAUCAGCCUCCUUGUUUGAGGAACUGUUAUCCAGACCUGAUUUGCUGGAGUGUGACAGUAUAGAUGCUUUGAUUGAGUCUCUGAAGGAUGAAUUCGAAACACUGGAUGCAGAAGCUGAGUGUCCCAUCCUGGUGAAAGAGGAAAACGAAAAUGGGAAAAAGCCCAAGAGGAAACGACCAGCAGUUGAAAGAUCAUCAAGGAAAAGGCGUCGCCUCAAUCAGAAGAAGCCAGCUCCGCUGAGUGCUGAAAGUCCCCCUGCAGGCAGCGUUUCCCAUAUGAGUGAUGUGAACAUGUCUACUCCACUGCCCCAGCUCCUGCAUGUCUCUCUGCUGCCCUGUAGUGCUACUCCAACACUGCAGCUCAUACAGCCCAUUAAUGGACUAGUCAGGCCCACCUACGUUCUGGUCUCCCCGCAGUCUGGAGGUCCACUGUAUCAAAUCGUUCCUCUUUCACCUGCUGUUGGAGCUGUGGCUCCUGUAGAACUCAGCCGGACCACCCAAAUCAUGAGCUCCUUAUCCGACACUGCCAGCAAGAUUCAGCCCCCAUCACCCCCCACUCCAGUUUCACCCUCAAAAGACAAAACACCACAGGAUUAUUCUCCUCCCUCCACGCCUCUAAGAACGCAAGAGCCACGUCCAGAAAUACCAAAACGAGUUGAGGACUACAUUCAGAAGCUGAAGUCUCACCUAAAAGACACAUAUAGCGUUAUGGAAGGAGGCAAGAAGAUGGACUCUCACUACAUUGACACUCGGCUGGUACAAAGGAAGCUUGUCAUUCAGACCGGCAAGAAUGCAAACAAGUGUCUGGAGAAGGAGUUAGUGGUGCUCAGUGAUUCAGAGCGAAGGAAAGCCAUGGUGGACAGGAGCCACGUCUUCCAGAACUGUGGACCCAAACCCAAGCCACUGAUCACUGUCCUCGGAAAGACUGGGCUUGGGAAGAGCACGCUCAUCCAGCGGUUGGCGUUGGACUGGUCCACCGGUGGCCUUGCACAGUUCCAGUUUGUAUUUCUGCUGAACUGCAAGGUUUUGGACGUCACUAAGUCGAAUUAUGACUUAAAGACUUUGCUGUUUGGCCUCUCUUCUGCGCCAGACUGUAAAGAUUCAGAAGCUGCCUUCAAAUACGUUCUCGCUAAUCCCAAUAAGGUGCUCAUUAUCUUUGACAGUUUUGAUGAUAUUGGGGAACUCGAGGGCCUCCUCCAGUCCUCUGCUACCUCGGUCACGGACAAUAGCUACACCGUCAGGCAGCUGUUUUCUGGUCUGUUCCAGAAAAAGAUCCUGUCUGGUUGUACCCUACUGGUCGCCACCAGGCCCAAGGACGCUCUGAACCAUCUGCUUCGCAAAGUGGACAGCAUUUUGGAAAUCUGCUGCUUCUCGCCAAAGGAUAUCCAGUUCUACGUCUCGAAAUGCUUUGUGGAGGCUUCAAAGCAAGAGAGUGCCUUAAGAAAAAUCCAAAACCAACAAUACAUCUUCAACCUGUGCUCCAAUCCCUUGCUCUGUCGGUUUACAUGCUUCCUUCUGGAGCAGGAUAACCCAGAAGAUGAUGAUACGCUGCCGUCUACUUUGACAGACUUAUGUCAGAGAGUGCUUGACCAUCAUCUUGAGCUAAGAGACAAAGUUCAAGGCUCAAAACAGGACAUUUCACAGUUGUGUAACAUGGCUUGGGACAGUUUCAAAACCUGCAGCUCCCUUUUAAACCAAGAUCAAACCGAGAUCUCCAAGCAGUUGAUGGACUGUGGACUCAACUGUGAGAUACUCGCAUCCCAUAAAGCACAGGUGACUUACUUUUCCAGCCUCUUCAUGCAGAACUUUCUGGCAGCCAUGUUUCUGGUCCAGUCCAAAGACAUAAACGAAAGAACGCUGGUGGCCCAGACGAUUCUAAACCACCGGAAGAAGAAAGUGUGUGGGGAAUGGCAGGACAUCCUCCAAAGGUUCAUUCUGGGGUUGCUCUACCAGAAAGCCACUCCUCAUUACUGUGGUGCUCUGCAAAGCUUCAAUGAUGCCCAGGCCAAAAGAAAGACGCUGGAGACCCAACUGGAGAACCUGAAACCAGGCGAGUUGACCCCCGGCAGGUUACUGGAACUCUUUCACUGCGUCUACGAGACCAGUAAAGUCCGGCUCGCCAAACACCUGGUCAAGAAGCUUCCAGAGAACCUGUCGUUCUGUGGGGCUCAGCUCACACCAGUGGAUGUAUAUGUUGUAUGGCACCUUCUUCAGCACGCCAAGGGACUUAAGAGGACGUUCUCUGUCGACCUAAGGGAUACAUGUGUUCCAUUAAGUGGACUAAAAGAGCUGGUGGCACUGAGUUGCAUCACAUCGUUCCGGGCUCCAACAUUGGAUACCAUUGACCUUUGGGAAGACUUGCACCACAACAGUGAUGAAGUGAGCUUGAAAAAUGCCCUUGACAAGUUUACCAUGGACCCAUUCAAAGCCUCACAGCUGAGUCACCUGGACAACCUGGGCCUACUUGUCCAAAUCCACAGGGAGAAGAAGCUGCCAAUGCGUGAAUCAGAAUUAACUCUGGAGGACGGCAUCCCUGCUGUCAGGCAUCUUAAAAAGCUGGAGUAUGAGUUUGGUCGGAAUGAACCUGAAGCUUUCCUCAAACUCAUAGAGAUCCUACCUGCUCUAGAGUCUCUCCAGCACCUAGACCUGGAGAACAACAUACUCCGGGAUUCUGAAGCAGAAAAACUGGCAGGAGUCUUAAAUUCUCUAUCAUCUCUAAGAAUUCUAAAUUUGUCUCAGAACAGAAUAGGGGAUGCUGGGAUGGAGAAACUGGCCCAGAGCCUGGCAGCAGCCUCCUCACUACAAAAACUGAGUCUCUAUGGGAAUGAGAUAGCUGACAGUGGAGCUGAAAACCUGGCCUCUGUAUUACCAGCCAUGAAGUCGCUGUUGAACCUGGAUGUCAAGUACAACCAGUUCACAGACAUCGGUGCUAAGAAGCUCAGCAUGGCCUUAAAGAACUCUCCGAGUCUGAAGUCUCUUCAAAUGUGGAACAACAGCAUCCCACUUGGGGUUUUGGAUCAUCUUCGGAUUCAAGACAACAGGAUUACAGCUCCAUAAAUCACCUACAAUCUACUUUAAUCAUUUAUUGCUGCUACUAACAGUUCCUUUAGCUCUAAUGCACUGAAUGCUAAACAGCGUCCUCUCCCCAAACACUAAAGGUUUAACGGUACUUUUAUUCUUGAAUUGCACUAUUUUUGGACCAUUUUUGGACAGUUACCAAAUAAAACACUUUUUUUAAGGAAAUAAACUGACUUGUGUGCAUUAAAUUCAUGAUCUUGGGACAUUUUUGUUGUAAAAACAGUGAUAGGUCGAACUGUACAAAGCCUAAAUGAUAUGCACCAUUUGUUCAUAAUA